AUGGCUUUGCAGAAAGAAGCAGAAAAAUCGAGCGACCUGACCAGUGGGAAGGACGAUGAGAGGCGAAAACAUGGCAAACAAGAAGGAGAUCAAAAAGACAAUCAAGAAGGAGAUCAAGAAGGCGGUCAAAAAGGAGAUCAGAAAGGCGGUCAAAAACGAGAUCAAAAAGGCGGUAAAAAAGACGGUCAGAAAGGCCGUGAAAAAAACGGUCAGAAAGACGGUGAAAAAUACGGUGAGGAAGGUCAUCAAAAAGACGGUCAAAAAAUCAAUCAAAAAGGCAAUCAGAAAAAUGAUCGCCAAGGUGACUGCCGGGGCAACCCCAUGAAGAGCCACAGAGUGAAGCCAUCCGGAGGAACCACAAAAAGGGUACCAGAUGAAGCUCCCUUUAUAGAGAAGACAAGGAAACACUACCUAGAUAACGUCAACAAGACACUACAUAAGAGGGACAUCAACUGCGUCAGUUACGUCUACAAAAAUAUGAACGAUCGGACGACCUCAAAAAAUGUUCCCAAUAGUGUCAAGUUAGGUGGGGCUGAAGACCGAGUUGAUGCCGUUCGCCAAAUGUUGUUCUUCGAAAAACAGCCAAGAAAAAAUCGGACAAUUGGAGCCAGUGGUACUAGUGCAGUCACUGGAGCCGAGGCCCCUUGUGCGAAGGACGACGAGACCGUCCAAUCGAUUAUUUACUCCACUUUCAUAAACACAAAUUGGAGACAAACUCAAAACCACGCUGCCGAAACGGUGAAGAAGCCCCCAAAGGGGAAACUACCCAAACGGCCACCAGAAGGGAAAGACAAAAAGGGCAAUUAUGCCAGUAGUGGGAAAAGAUUCUACGCCAAAGGGAGCGAAGUCAACCCCCCUGGAACAAACCAGAGUGUAGAUGCGUACAGAGGAAACCUAACUGCCCCAGUGACGACAAUCGUGUGCACCAAUAAGUCCGUACAAAUAACAGAAUCAAAUGAGCAACUAAAAAAUCUCAAAAAUGAUGGGACCUUUCUAUAUGAACAAAUCAUAUCAGAGAAAGAGAGAAAAAAAAAAGAGAGAUACACUCAAACGAGUAGCCUCUACCAGGCAGAAGAAAUAAGAAGGUUUGCAAAAUAUUUGACCAAACAGAUUGUGAAUGAAGCUACCAUUCAGCUUACCUAUGAGGAAAACGUGAAGGCGAUGGAACAGAAGAAAAAGGCGGUCCAAUUAAUCCACCUACAGAAUGUGCAGACGUAUUCACACCUCACUGAUUUUCAGCGGGACAACUUGGGGGUCAUGGCUGACGGGGCUGAACUCUUCAGGUGCCUCGACAUCUUCAACAAAAUAAACAUCUUCGGGUUAUCUGGGAGUCUUAUAAAUUCCAUUGUGAGGAAAAAUGUCCAGUCGGCGAAGGAGCAGAACAAUCGAGCCCAAAUCGAAUGGCAUAACCAAGUCACAAAAAAUCUGCUCAAAAACACCAUCGCGUUUGUAGCCACGGAAAAGAUCGUGUCCUACAUCGCGGAAGAACUCAUCGAGGACUGCAUCUUAAAUUUCUGCCGCAUCGAUAAAAGGGACGUGGACAUACUAACUACCAACUUGGACGAUCACAACAUUUCCCUCUAUGAACGGAGGCGAAUGGAGAGCGGUCAUUUCAAUUUUGUCCUUUCGAAUGGAAACCUAAACGUCAACAUGCCCGUGCGCGUGAAGAAGCACAUGAGCCUCGAGGACCUCUUACGGAUGAUAAAAAAUCACAUCAAAAAGAAGCUCCACUUUCUGCGCAAAGAAUACGAGCUGGAUUUCCUAUCCAUAAGGGACGGCACCCGAAACAUCACGAGCAUCCACGACCUGUUGUCCUCCGAGUCCAGCCACUUCACCCUCUGCUUGAAUAAAAAGGAAGGAGAGGCAAUACCAUCUGGCUAG